UGUUUGGAGCAACCUUCACUCCUACGAUAAGCUCUGUUGAUAUUUUUUAUUUCUUUCACCUAGUUCCACUAAGUUAUACGUCUGACGUGUCCUUGCGGACGCGUUUAAGGCAUUUCUUGUCCUCGCCAUGUCCAUUCAUUUUGCUUUCGUGACUCUCGUAACUUCAGAUUCCUAUCUCCCAGGUGCACUCGCCAUUUCGGGUGCCUUAAAGGAUGUGCACCAAAGUGAACCUCGUGAGGUCAAGUACGACACAGUGUGCAUGGUCACACCAGAAACCCUUGAUAUAACUACAAUCAAGCUACUCAGAAGGACAUACGAUAUUGUCAUUGGUGUUGAGGUGAUAGGCCAAUCCGAUCCUACUGGACUAAAUUUACUGGGACGCCCUGACCUUGAUACCGUCCUGACAAAACUACACGUAUUCCGCCUCGCGCAGUACUCCAAGGUGAUAUUCCUUGAUGCGGAUGUUCUCCCAUUGCGCCCCCUAUCCCACCUAUUCCACCUUGAUCACGAGUUCUCUGCGGCACCUGACGUAGGAUGGCCCGAUAUAUUCAACUCGGGUGUGAUGGUGCUCUCUCCUAGUGAAGAUAAGUUCGCGGAGCUUCAAGAGCUUCUGAAAACAAAUGGAAGCUGGGACGGCGGAGAUCAAGGUAUUUUGAAUGAGUGGAGGGGAGGUAACUGGAAUAGGCUUAGCUUCACUUACAACACGACUCCUACUGCUGCUUAUACGUAUGCCCCUGCAUAUGAACGGUUCGGUUCCCAGAUAUCAGUGGUGCAUUUCAUCGGACCUAAUAAGCCUUGGCACUCCAUUCCUUAUCGUGCCCCAGGAUCCUCCACCCACGUACCAUCAUCUCAGAUGGAACAACAGUCUACAAUGUCAGAGCCAGUAAAUCAACCUCAACAAGCCUACGACUAUGGUUCGCUCGUCGAUCGGUGGUACAGUGUUUAUGACAAGCACUUUCGAUCAAAACCCAUCUCACCGGAUCUCGGUGUUCCUGUCAGCAAAUACGUGUCUGCAUGGGAUGGUGAGGGGAAUUCCCCUGCGGCGGUAGAGACUACGGGAGCACCAAGUGGAGGUCCACUUGGCCUCGAUGUCUUACGCCGUUUGGCCCUUCAGGGCAUGGGUAUAAUGGGCUUCCGGUCUGGUGAUCGAUUGAAAGGAGAGGGCGAGUACAAGAGCAUGCCCCUUGAGGGGCGUUUGGAUCUUAUGAGACCACGCCCCGCAAAGCCUGAGGAUCAUGAUCUUCACCAGACUGCCCCUGAGCCUCCUGAUCCAAAUCUCAGCGAGGCAGUCGCCGAACCCACAACGCCUGUUCAACAAAUAGGUUCACUAUCAUUGGGUUCACCUGUAAGAUGGACUACGUUGCCAACUCCAAAUGUCGAUGAAGUGCCUCCUGCGCCACAAUCGCGCCUAUUAUCUCUCCCCCCGACACCUCUCCACUUUGUCACCUCGUCCUCCAAGUCAGCCGUGCGCUUAAAUCAACCAAAGUCGCCCCUUUCGUUGCAAGAACGAAGGAUCGAGCGAUCGCACCCUACUUCUCCGCCCCUUCUCUCAUGGGAUGCUACGAUCGAAGCGCCACCAAAGACCUUAACCACUCCUUCCGCAAUCCCAAGAGACACCUAUUUCCCGAAUAUCUGGGAUGAGUCUCCCUGUAGAAACAAAGAUCCCGGGUCAUCAUCAAGGUCUUCCUCGAGCAUGUCCUCUGAGACAGAUGCAACAAGUACGGAAGUUAGCCUGGUCCAAGGAGACCCAUCGCCCCAAACACUCUUCAGCCCACCACCUGUACCUGAGAUUCCUCAGAUGCUACUCCAGCUAGGGCACUACCGCAAUGUCACUGGGCCUGCCACCGAGGGUGGCGUUGCGCCACCUACCCCCGACCUUACCAAGGUCAAGCGUGUCUUCCCUUGGGAGGAGCGCCCUCGUGUUACUCCUACACGUGUAUUCCCAGAGGGCGAGCCCCGCCCACAAGGGUCAAUGUUUUUUCAGUCCCCGUCUCGCCUCUCGUUUCCAUCCACUCCUGAGCGCAAGUUGAGCCGGGAGUUUGGAGCACACCAGCCAAUGCCUUCGCCAUUAGCAGGUUUCCCAUCAUUGACAUCUGGAAACAUGUGGGAUGGCGUUCCUGGUAUCCACAAGUUUGCUUCGAAGCUUGCGCGCCCUCCAGGGCACACUCCCUUAGCAACCGCAUUCGAAAACCCAAAGAAACCCUGGGAGGAAAAGUCAGAAGCUAGCAGUCACGAUGGUGAUGAUGAGAUGGACUCGGAUGAGGACGAAGGCAAGCGAACAGUAACAGAGGUACGAUCUCGCAGUUCUAGCAUCGCAACCACAAAACAGAAAUACCGAUCAUUUGGAGUGCAGACGGACGCGAAGGAAAUGUGCACCCAAAGUGUGCAGGUUUCUUCGGAGGAGGAUAUCGCUGUAAAGCGGCCGCUGAAAGCGCGCACGCACAGCGGAUCUAUGAAGAAGCACUGGCACCCUUCAUCAAGUCUCAGGGUGUUGCCACCUGUGAUGAAUGUUGCCGCGGGUGCUGAACCAAGCGGCUUGUUGUCCCCUGCUGUUUCGCGGGUAUCAACACCGCGAUCUUCCGUUUCUCCAGUGAUGAUGAGUUCUCGGGAGACCCUUUUACCUUCGCAGAUACCGGGACAGUCUGGCGGAACAACGCCGAGAGCAGAUAGGAGUACGACUCCGAGUCCACUGUCGUCCCCUUCUCAACUAUUUUCCAGUCAAUCACCAACUUCAUCGUCUCUAGGUCCAGCAUCACCAGCAGAAAAGUCUCCUGGUACUCCCUCUCGAGCAUCUCGUGUCUGGGAUCCUGCUCGAGGAGUGGAACUCUUCAAACGUGGCUCGGAAGAUGUGCUUGCUCGAUUCUUGAAGCUCAGCUCACGAGAGGAGCCCACACGUCGGAUUUAACGAGUUUUACGUAUUUCCUUAUCAGCUUCUCUUUUCAUGUUCCUGAUUACAGAAUCUCUUUUUUUGUUUUUCUCCUGUACGAUUACGUGAAGUGCAUCUGCAUGUAUAUACCCGCAACCAUUCUCGCAACGAACUUGAUUUCUCUUUCAUUAUAAUGGAUAUCCAUACCAUGUUGUGUUCA